CAGACGAUCGGGACUGAUCAGUGUCUAAUAAAUAUGUUUGUUCUCCAGCUGAUGUCGGGGUUUCUGCUCCUCCACCUGGUGAUAAGUUCAGGCUUUGGAAAUCACUCUCUGUGGGGGUUGUUCACCUACAUCUCAGGACCAACCCAGUUCCCAGAGUUCUCCAUGGUUAUUAUGCUGGAUGACAUCCAGGUGGGGUACUAUGACACAGACCAACUGAUAAAGGUUGGUGCUGGAGGUGAGAAAGGGGAGGAGCUUGACCUGGGACAGUUCUUCUUGAAUUUGCUGCAUGAGAAUAUGAUGGAUAUGAGGAUGAGGUUGGACUUAGUCAGAAAACAGCUGAACCUGACCUCUCCAGGUGUCUACGUUCAACAGAGGAUGGUGGUUUGUGAGGUCCAGGAAGACGGUCAGCAUGAUUUCUUCAUGGUCAGGGAUGGUGUCAAUGGUCAUGAUGGCGACAGCAUCCAUUGUAACAGGACCCACUUCCUGUACGGCGGUGGUGAUGGUUGGGAUUUCCACUGGGACACCAUUAAGCAGAUGUACCAGCAGACUCUCUACACAAACAUCUUCCUGCCCUUCUGUAUCCAGACUCUGCAACACCUGCUGGAGAUCAACAAGCACCUGUUGAUGCGUCGUGUUCGACCUCGACUACGCCUCCUAUCACAGCCGGGGGGGGGCGGGGCCCAGAUCACCUGUCUGGCCACAGACUUCUACCCUCGCCACAUCAACCUGACGCUGCUGCGGGACGGUGAUCCCGUGGACGAGAACCAAAUGACCGUUGGCUCGGUGCUGCCCAACGGCAACGGUCUCUACCAGCUGAGGAAGACGCUGAUGGUGGAUGAAGAGGAGCUGCAGAGGAAGCACAAGUACACCUGUGCAGCGUCUCACCUGAGUCUGGACAACCGGCUGGACAUGAGCUGGAGGGCGGAGUCUUUCCACUCAUUCAGACUCCAUGUCGUCUCUGCUCCCGUCGUCCUCCUGCUGGUUGUCGUCAUCCUGCUGCUGCUGCUGAUGAUGAAGAUGAGGAAGAGGUCAGGGUCAGAGGGCAUCUCCAUGGAAACACAGGAGAGUCACGGAGCCAGCACUGAUGAGGGAUCGGAGCCAGGGGUGGAGGACCGGGACGUGACGGCUUAAACGAAGCAGAUUUCAUCCAAAUAGUGCAACAUUGCGAUAACCUUGUGCAAUAUUUUCAUAACAGAUAUUGUGGGGUACAGAAAACAUUUAUCACAUUACAUUAUACUACUAUUAUAUAACUAUAGCAUUCUGAGUCAAUUAUAUAUUGCAAUUAUCACUUUACUAUCAUAUGAUCUGUCUUUUUGGCUUUUGUAUUACUUAUAUAUUUAAUUGUUAUUAGGGUUGUCCUGAUCAGGAUUUUUUAGCUCCCGAUCACUUGAGUUUGAGUAUCUGCCGAUCCCGAUUUUUCCCGAUCACAUCACUUUUUUUUGCUCCCGAUACAUUUCUGAUACUUUUUCCUGAUCAGAUACAUUUUGGCAAUGAAUUAAGUAAAAAAGUAAAGUAAAAAAAAGUAAAUUAAAUUAAGUAAAAAAAAUGUAUUGUCCAUUUUCUCCAACAUAGACCUUUUUUUUUUUUUCACUGACUGCAUCAUUGGAUCAAAACAAAGCUUAUGCUGGCGCCACAAACUGGUGCCACAAAAUGUAGAAACAUGAAAUUGUAAACUAAAACCAAAAGUGCAGAAUAGUGCAAUAACAAAAAUAAAUAAAUUUCACUUCAAAAGGAGGUAGUUUACCUAGGUUCAAAAGUUUAAUGACAUCCAGUCAAACUCACAAUCAAUAAGAAAAUUAAAAUACAUUUUGGCUUAACCUUGAGUGCAGAAUUCUAAACAGCAUGAAAUGAAUAGCAGCAGCUUUUAAUCUGUUAUAGUUUUCUGUCACUGUGUUGUAAUGUUACGCGGAGCAUAGGAACCAAGUGUGGUUGUUCAGAAACGGACGGUUAAACCGUAACACCGGUCCCGCAAAAUAGCAGUCCGUCAUCCCUGUGUUGUUACCGAGUCAAUAAAGUGACCAAAAGAUGAUUUACGAGUGACGGAUAAUCAUUUACAUAACCCUACAGUCACUUUUCUCCGACAGCUUUUCUUUGUUUUUAAAACUUUCAGACCGUUUAUCUGAGCUUAGCCUAGCUGUUGUUAGCUCUCUGUUAGCCACGCUUCUUUCCCUCUAAAUAUAUUUUUUGAGUUUACUAAAUAUUCUUUAUGUUGUUAAAAAUGUGAACAUAAUUCCUCUUCAUUAUUCGUGGAAAUAAUAUGUAUUGUGGGAUUUGUAUUAUUUUGUCCAUGUACAUAUAGUUUUCACGGUGCCAGGCGAAAAGAGGAGAGGAUAAAGUUGCACCAGUCGAAGCUCUCUGCAUCUUGUGUGAUUAAUCCAAGCGGGUCGCUACAGUGCGUGCACCCCUUGUGGUGCACAAAGGCCAAAUAUGGGUCGUGUGACAUGAAAUGGGUAUUUGUAUUUGUACUCUUUCCCAGUUUUAACUCAAAUCUUUGCUUCUGUGAGGGUGUUUGGAAAAAAAAUUGAGAUUAACGGAAUAACGGUGAUGGCCAAAUGCAGAUAAUACUGGGGUCCUUGACAUGCCAGUUUGAGAUCUAAAUAUGUUGUUAUAUCGUUAUUGAAUGCACUGUAUUUUUUAUUUGUUGCAUUGAUUGACUGAAUGUGGCUAUAUUUUCAACACUGUGCCUAUAGUUUUAUGUUUUACACUAUGCAAUACAUUUUACACUGUACAAUAUGUUUU